AUGCAACGUGUGCUGGUGCACGCGGCUGCGACGGGAGAGCAUCACGCCACGAAAGUUCUUCCUUGUGGCUCCAAAGUGGCUGAUCUCCUUAAGGAGCUGGAGGGAGAUCACAGGCACAUGAACCUUCUCCUCAGUGGCGACCGAGUCUUGAUGGCCGAGGAGCCGUUGCCCUCGGGUGAAGAGAUUUCGCUGCAGCUGCUGCGGCAGGACUUGCUGGGGCGCUGGACGCGGAGGACUGGAACAAAGCCGACGAACCUUUGGGAUCUCCACGACUACAAGGAAGAGAUCUUGCUGUUGAGAAAGGACGGGCUAGGCCGUUUCUCAAUGGAACAUACCUGGACAACACACCCCUUGAACGCCAGCAAGGAUCGAGAGAUGGUGGGAUGCCUGCCCGAGACUCUCCGAGACGACCCUGAAAGUUUGGCAUUCUUGCAAAACGGCGCCGAGCCUGGAGCACCUUGGGAGGUUCAGGUUAUCGGGGACCCUCCCCAGCCCUCGCUCUGGAUCAACGGUGCGGGCUGGGUUGGUGGUAUGACGUCCAGGGGCAUGCUGAUCGAACGCGGCACCCGCUGCCCCAGGAGUUUCGUCGUGCCCUUGCAGGAGCUACAGAGGAGCUGGGAAUUUUCGGCGACCUGA